GCUGGGACGGCACGCUCUGACAGUGAGAAGCGCGCGUGGACAUAUCUGACUUUGACACACAGCGACGCAGCGAGCGCGCGCAGCCGAGACUCACCUGUACUGCUGGGUCUGUUUCUGUGGGAAGCCGCUGACAGGUGACCUUCAUCAUGCUGAAGAAGAAGAGCAAGUCCACCGCGAUCACGCAGCCGAAACAGGCUGCUCCCACCACAGAACUCGCCACACUGAUCGAGAAGCUGCAGAAGACGGCUGACAAAGUGGAAAAGAAUAUCUACGAUGUGGAGCAGAACCUCAACAAGGAUGUGAGCAAGAUCAACGAGGGGAAGCAGCCCCUGUAUCAGGAAGACACCAACAAGAGACUCCUCAGUUCUCUGGAGCUGCUGAGCAGCCUGGAUGAAGACGUCGUCAACGCCAGACGCCUUCAGCAUCCGCAGGCUGAGAUGAUAGCACAGGACAUGAAGCAACUGCGUGACAGAGUGAUGAAGCUGAAAGAGGAGCACGGCCACAUCUACCACCUGGUCCGCACCGAGGGCAAGCCCAGCAUCAACUGGGGCAACAUGAUGGAUGAAAAGCUGGACAACCUGCAAAACAAGGGCUUUGGCCAGGACCUGCCCUCUGUGGAGAACGAGGUGGAGGAGCACAACAUCUUCCACAGUGAGGUGGAGGCUCUGGCUCCUCACAUCUCUGCCAGCGGAGACAAGGAAUACGUCAGCAGCCUUCAGGAAAAGUACAACAAACUGCUGGCUAACUCCAGCGCUCGACAGCGCCACCUGACGAGCCUGCGCGACUACAUGCAGCGCUGCACCAACGAGCUGUACUGGAUGGACCAGCAGGCAGAGGAGAGGAUCAAAUACGACUGGAGCGACAACAACCUGGACUACCCUGCCCGGCAGAGGCAGUACGAGAAUUUCAUCAGUAAGUGUCUGGAGUCCAAGGAGGGCACCAUCACCAAGCUGAACGACGAUGGAGAAAAGCUGAUUGCCUCCGACCAUCCAGGGAAGAAUGUUCUGGAGGUACCGACCAUCACGUUUGACUCUUUCAUAGCGCGUUCCCGCCUGGGCUCCGGGUCCACGGGGAUCUGCGAUUUCAGAUCAAGUGUGCAUGUGAUGAACAUGUUUUCCUGCCCUCUCACGCUGCUGCAUGUAGCCUCAGACAAACAGGAACAGCAGUGCCGCCAGCUGAUGGCCGGUCUGGAUAAGGUCGUCAGUGACCUGGACAAACAGGAGAAAUCCAUCUACGCUCGAGUGCGCCCUCCGCUGGAACAGAACAGGUCACUGCAGGACAGCACUGACCGCCUGCAGGACAUGAAAGACAUCACUGCUGCUGUCAGAAGGAUUGAACCAGAGAAGUCUUCUAAAGUGCAGGAAGCACAGAGCUUCUUGGUCUCAAACCCAAGUUGUGCCAGCACAUCUCAACUUCACAGCAAGGUGGAUGAGGCCAACAAGAAGUACACCAAGGUGGAGCAGCUUCUUCAGUGCUCUCAGGAGAAGCUGAAGAAUUCCAACCAGCUCGAGUCAUCUCUGCAAAAUGGAAAAACCUUCCUCUCCACCUACGAGAACAAGCUGGCCAGGGAGGAGGUUGCUCCUGCUGACGUCUCUUCAAUGGAGAAAACCCAGCGGGAACUUGCAGAUAUCGGAGCGGACCUGCGGUCACAGAGGACACUGAUCUCUGACACGGAGCAGAACCUGCGUCUGGCCAAGAGCAGCUGUGAGAACAUGGCCAACAAGUUCCAAGAGCACUGCCCUGACAUCGAGAGGCAGGAAGCUGAUGUCCUGAGACUCAACAAGAGAUACAAUAACCUCAACCAGCAGACUGACUCGAGGGCUCAAAGCUUGCAGAGAGCCAAGAUGGCGUACAAAAACUACCGCAAUGAUUAUGACAAUUUGAACAGCUGGCUCUCUCGCGUUCCAAAUUACGAGCCCCGUGACACUGAUGACCCAAAACAAGUGGAAACGAAGCUGAGAAAUCAGAGGAACCUGCUUUCUGAUCUAGCGAGGAAGGAGUCUGAUUUAAACAAUGUCUCCAAAAACGCCCAGCUGUACCAGCAAGCUGUCAAAGACUAUGAGACUGAAGCUGAGAAGUUCAAAUCGAUCCUCGAUCUUGAGGAUGGACUUGUACCUCAGACAUACAAGAGGAGCAGAUUGGAAUCACCUGCAGCAACAGUCAAGGCAGAAGAAGCAGCUAUCGAGGCAAAGUUUACUGAGGUGAAUGCUGUAAAUAAGCAAAGACUGCAGAAUCUGGAGUUUGCCAGCAGUCUUCUGAGCCAGCAAUCUGAGACUAUCCAAGUUACAAAUGUCAAGUCGGUCCAAGCCAGUGCCCCUGGUGAGGAGCCGUGGAGAAUAAGAAAACAGCUAGAAGAUGAGAUCCAUAGGCGGGAGCAACUAGAAAAAGAAAUAGAGACCAUUCAGACUGACAUUUAUAUGCUUGAAGGACAAAAGCCCCAGGAUACGAUUGUUAAGAAGGAGCUAAUUAAAAAGGUUCCAGACCCCCAGCUGGAUGAGGAACUCUACAAAGUCCAGCAGAAGUUGUCAGAGGAGCGCCGCACUACCCACGUCCUGGAGAAUGACCUUGAGGUACUAAAGUUGAAGCUGCGUGGCCUCGAGACAGAGGUCAAAGAAGGGGCACAGCAGUACACAGUGAAGGAGGUCUUGCGUAUAGAAAGAGACCGUGGUCAGGAGGAGGCGGUCCGAAAGCUUCGGGAGGAGCUGGAAGAGCUAAAAAGGCAGAGGCUGAUUAAAGACAACGAGCUCAUUGAGAUCCAAAAACAUGUGACACUCCUGGCUGAGGAGAAGAGCAAGGAACAGGAGGUAAUCACUGAAGAGGAGGUGAUCAAAGUCCAGAAUGACCCCCAACUGGAAAGUGAGUACAGGGUGCUGCUUGACAGGAAAGAGAAGGAAAUAGAAAGCAGAAGGCAGCUGGAGGAUGAGUUGCAAUUUCUUCAAGAAAAGCUUCGAAGACUGGAGAAGGAGAAAUCAAUGGCUGAGGAAAAGAUUUCCAUCAAGGAAGUGCUGAAAGUUGAGAAGGAUACUGCCUUUGAGAGAGAGGUAGAAAACCUUAGGAGGCAGUACGAAGAUGAGAAGGCCAAAAGAAGAUCAUCACAGCGGGAAAAGACUGACCUCCAGAGGAAAAUUGCAAGCCUGGAGGAGGACAAGUCUAAGGUUGUGAUUCAAGAGAAAGUACGAGAGAUUGUCCGGCCCGAUCCCAAGGCUGAGAACGAAGUGGCCAAUCUCCGUCUUGAACUUGUAGAGCAUCAGAGGCGGUAUAAAGAUGCAGAGUUCCAGUUGAGAUCUCUGGAGGAUGAGCUGGCCAUGCUCAAGAACAGAGGGCCUCAAGUGGAAGUUAAAGAGAUCAUCAAAGAAGUAAUCAAAUAUAAGAUAGAUCCACAAACUGAAAGAGAGCUGGAGAGACUUCGCAAUGAAAUUGUAGAUAAAAGCCACCAGACUGAGAAAUCUGAGCUAGAAAUCCGCCAGCUUCGAGAUGAAAUCGAAAGAUGGAAGAAUACCAAACCCCAAGUGCAGACCAGAGAGAUUAUCAAUGAAGUGAAGCAGUACAGAGAAGAUCCAAAGACUAAGGAAGAAAUUGAAAUGCUAAAGAGGAAGCUGGCUGAUGAACAGCAGAAACGCCUGGACCUUGAGAGAGAGCGGACAGAACAAGAAGAAAGAAUUAGACUAAGAAAGAUGGAUUUGUCUCAGGUUCGUGAGAAGAUUGUUCAGGAAGAAGUGGUCAAGAUGGAAGAGGAUCCUCUCCUUAAGUCAGAGUGUGACAGCUUCUUACAGAACAUCAACAAUGAGCAAAAACAGAAGGAAAGCCUAAAAACAGAGCUCUACCAACUGGAGAGACAGAAGACUGACCUGGACAUGCAGCUGGAAGAACUGGAGCGUGAGCGCAGGGCAAGGCGUGAUGCAGAACUAGAGAUCCAGCGGCUUCGGGUGAGACUUAAUGAGCUAGAGAUCCGUGACAAAGAAAAUCGUGAAAAGGUGACAGUCAAACAAAAGGUGGUUCUGCAGCAGGAUCCUCAACAGGAGAAGGAACACUCCAUCCUCAAACUACAACUUGAUGAAGAGCGUCACAAACGCACCCUCCUUGAGAAAGAGUUGAAUGUCCUUAUUCAGCAGCAGAUCACCCUGGAAAAGGUAGAUGUGAAGGAAAGGGUUGUCCGCACUGAGAAAGUCCAGGUUGAACGGGAUCCAGAGGCAGAGAUUGAGAUUGAGAACCUAAAGAUAACUCUGGAAGAAGAGAAAAGGAGAAGGCGAGAACUUGACCAAGAACUAUCCACCCUCAAUUCCAGGCUCUCUGAUAUGGAGUUUUCUAACACCAAGUCUACCAAAGAAUUGGACUACAUCCGUGAUGAAAGUAGCCGAUUGCAGCAGGAAAACCAAAGGCUGCAAAAUGAGAUUCGCAAGCUUCGGUCAGAGAUUGAUAUCACAAGCAAAGAGACUCGGCUUAUUACAGAGUCUGCGCCAAGAGAGGAUUCAAAGAACUUGGAGUUGAGGCUUGAUUCACUACAGAAGGAAUUGGCAGAGCUGAGGGCUGUAACAAACCAGAAGGAAGAGGAGAUAGAGAAGCUUAAAAAGAACCUAGCAGCUGUGAGGAUAAAGAGGGAACAGAGGGAAAGCCAUCUCCGCAGGUCUAUUGUCGUCAUCGACCCAGAUACAGGCAAGGAGAUGCGACCAGAGGAAGCCUACAAGCUAGGGCUGAUCGACUGGAAGAUGUUUGUCAACCUGCAGAGCCAGGAGUGUGACUGGGAAGAGAUCUCAGUCAAAGGGCCGCAGGGAGAAUCCUCCGUGCUUCAUGACAGAAAGUCAGGGAAAAAGUUUUCCAUCGAUGAUGCACUGUGCCUUGGACACAUCACAAACCGCCAGCUUCAGCAGUACUUAAAUAAAGAAAUCUCCAUCCAGGAGUUUGGUGCAUUGGUAUCGGGCAAGAACACCGGGCUUUAAAAGAUACGUUUUCAUUCUAAAAAGAUCUGUUUUGACUGGUCUUCCUAGCUUUUAAUAUAUACUUAUAUUCUCACUUUAAUGUUGUGGUGACCCUCAGUUACUAUGUGUUUUACCUACGAGUCCCAAAUACACCAUGCAUUAAUUUCCUUAUGCAUAUCUGGCAUGAAUACAUGGACUCAUAUUACCAUCAUCACAGCCACAUAAAUGUUUGAUGCUGAAAAGUUCGAUCUUUAAUUUCUUUAACUUGGUGGCAGGGUUAAGAAUGUAUCUUUGAAAUAUUGUCACUAAAACUGUACUAAGUGUUUCAUUUAUUUAUGGGCUUUAAACAGGGUUGUCAGCUGUGUGCUUUCAAUAAAAAAUUCUAACAAAA